AUGGCUAAAAGGAAACUAACUGAAAGUGAAAUUCAAUGUGCCCUUGAUGAUAGUGAUGAUGAACAAAUUUUUUCGCAUCAGUCUCAUAGCGACGAUGAUGAUGGAAAUUUUUGCGUUGACAGCUGUUCGGAUCGUGAAAGCAAUGCAACGGAACAAGCUUCUGAGGAUGAAGAUGAGCAGUUAUGGAGCGAUAGUGAUGAUAUCCCGUUGCAAGAUUUCAUUUCAAUGAAAACUUUUGAAGGCAGAGAUGGAACAAAGUGGACAUCAGAACCCGAAAAGCAAAGGAAAACUCCACGCCACAAUAUAAUCCGCGGAGAUCUUCACAAGGUUGUCCUGCUACCCGGGCAAUAUGAAGCCGAUCCAGUUGACAGUUUCAAGCUUUUUCUCAAUGAGAAUAUUUUAGAAAAUAUAGUCAUACACACCAAUUCUGAGGCUCAAAGAGUACAACAACUGCAAUGGAAAGACAUCGACACAACAGAGUUGCAAGCUUUUAUAGGUCUGUUAUUGACUAUAGGUGUCAACAAGCAAGGAGGCGUUGAUUUCAGAGAGCACUGGGACCCCAUAUUUGGUAAUCCAAUAUUUCGUGCUACAAUGGGAAAAAACAGAUUUGCAAAUAUACUACGGUUCUUGAGAUUCGAUGAUAAGACCACUAGAUCUCUUAGAAGGUCUAGAGAUAAAUUAGCGCCUAUUAGGGAACUGUGGGAAGGUGUGAAUCAAAAUCUAAGAAAGUUUUAUCUGCCUGGAGAGAACCUUACAAUAGAUGAACAGCUGGUACCUUUUCGAGGGCGUGUCUCCUUCAAACAAUAUUUACCCAGCAAGCCUGAUAAAUACGGAAUGAAAAUCUGGUGGACUUGUGACAGCAAAAGAAGCUACCCACUAUGUGGCAUACCUUAUCUUGGAAAAGAAGGCGGCAGCAGAGCAGAAAAUUUAGCGUUCAAUGUUGUUUACCAGUUAUGUGAACCAUAUUUUCGAAGCAAUAGAAACAUCACGUUCGACAAUUAUUUUACUAGCAUUGAGAUUGCUAAGACUGUCUGA